AUGCCCGGAGCGCCGGAAAAAGCCACGCCAAAUAUAGUGCACCAAAAUGCCAUCUGGCGAGAAACAAUUCGAAAAGAAACAAGAUGCCAAAAACUUUACACUGAUUAUCACAUAAAUCCACAUAAAAAGAUUCACAAUAUUACAGGCAAGCCUAACUCGUUACACGAUACCGCUGAGGGUGAAGAAGAUCCUAAUUUUUUGCAUAUUAUGAGAGAAAUCCGCGUCGAGCCAAGAAAAAAGUACGAGUUUCCCGUCACUGAGAGCCAAGAAAUUGGCUGGGAGUCGCGGCCCCUUCUAGAUGGCAACACUAACAACUUUGCAUGGAAUGAUGAUCGACUUCGUUUCCCUGUGGCUAAUACUGACAUUUCAAAGUACAAAGACGCCGAGUGGAAGAUCAAGGAACAAAUGAAAAUCAAUCAAGGCUAG